UGAUGGAUCCAGUUUUGGAACUGACUUUGCUGAUAAAAACAGAGGUGAUCGCUGGAAUUACUUCAUCGUUUUGCUAAGAUUACGUAAAAUCAGCUGCUAUCUACGCUUUCUAGACUUUAUCAAGAGAUUUUUGAAUACAUCUAGGAUACGAAAAUGUCAGGCCAAAUGGAAAAACAUUUAUUUAAUCUGAAGUUUGCUGCAAAGAAUAUGGAACGAAAUGCAAAGAAAUGUGAAAAGGAAGAGAAAACAGAGAAACUCAAACUAAAAAAGGCUAUACAAAAAGGAAAUUUGGAAGGRGCCAGAAUCCAUGCUGAAAAUGCAAUCAGACAAAAGAAUCAGAGUUUAAAUUUCAUGAGAAUGAGUUCACGUAUUGAUGCUACUGCGCAGCGGGUCCAGGGUGCAGUCACGAUGAAACARGUCACUGGGUCCAUGGCUGGUGUCGUCAAGUCCAUGGAUGCAGCUCUUAGAUCUAUGAACCUUGAAAAAGUUUCAGCACUCAUGGAAAAAUUYGAGAAGCAGUUUGAGGAUCUUGAUGUACAGUCUGCAGCGAUGGAUAAUGCRAUGAGUAGCACUACCACCCUUACAAGUCCACAGGGUCAAGUUGAUAGUCUAAUGAUGCAAGUUGCAGAUGAAGCUGGACUUGAGCUGAAUAUGGAACUACCAGCCAGCCAACAGCAAGGAAUUGGAACAGCAUCUACAGCUUCAGCUGAACAGGACGAGUUAUCAUCAAGACUUGCCAAGCUGAGGCAAAGCUGAUCAGUGCCAUCUACAUCAAAGUUUGACUGAAGGCCAGGAUUUCUUGUUUCAACAUGAUUCUUUUUUCUUGUCAUAGUACUUCAUCUUAUUUUUUGGCAUCAAAAUUCUAUAGAUCCAUUAAGCUUGUAAUGUCAAGGGUGGAUCUAGGAGGAAUGGGUGUUGAACUAGGGGGAGGGGGGAGUAGUUAGAGUUUGAAAAUAACAAGGAUAUUGAAUAACGUAACAUCUAAAAAGGAUGUUUAUUUGACAACCACUCCCCUUGAAAUUGUUCUGGAUCCACCUUCAAAUGUUUCCCAUUUCUGACAAAGUGUCAUUCCCUUGAGCAUUGUUUCUUUGUUUACUGGUAGAACUAGAAAAWUUAAUAUUGAUGUAACUCGGGCAAACAUUCCUAAGAAUCAUGUCUAAGGGUAUGACAUGGUCUGAAAUGGGGGGGGAGAUACACCCAAGCUGAAUAGCAUAAUAAAUAACAGUGCGAUGCAUCUGACCAAGGGAGGCCACCCAACCUAUUUUUCUACUAAUGCCGUUAAAUCCUUUCCUGCCAAGUGUUUCCAUCAAUAAGAAGACUUUUUACAAAAGUGUCCAGUGUUAGCCAGCAAAAGGACCAAAAUAGGUUUGACCUAGGCAAAUUCCUAGCCACUUAUUUAAGUUUUUGUUGCAAAGAUUUCAAAAUGAUUUUAAUAUCUGCRGUCACUCUAAGUGAGUUCAUGUGUAAAUGCACAAAUGCUUGCUGUCUGAUUGGCUAACUAGUAAAAAAUAAGUUGGGUAGCAACAGCUAGGCGCAUUGCACUGUAAUAAUUUAUACAGUAUCACCUACCUCUUGCAUUAUAUAAACUAUAAAAUUAAGAAAAUUAAUAUUUGUAUCAUGAAGGAAKGAGAUGAACAGACAAUGUCAUAUAUAGAUUCCAUUGCUGACUUUUAUGGUCUGUCGAUGGGGUUUCAGAUGGGUGACCCUUCUUGAUUACCCCUCCCUACUAGAGUAGGGUAAUGUAGGAUAAAAGUCAUACUUCUCGCACAUAUUACAUCGAUAGUAAAGGUACGUGGCAUUCAAAGAGUCAUAACAAUAAUAGAAGUGAAAAAUCUGUUUUACUCUCUAGAAAACUUGAAUUACUUGCAUUAUUUUAUGUUGUGAAAUUUUAUUAAUAAUUUACUGUACAUAAAAGCAACACUGAAAAUCA